AUGUCUGAACAAUCAACAAGCAAGGAAGAUUAUCAAUUUUCAUUCAUGAAGGAAACAUCAUCAUCUAUGCAAAAGAAGCAAAUCAAUCCAUUUAAUAAUGGUAAUUUAAAUUCAAUUCCAAAAUUGCCUUCAUCAUCAACUACAAAGAAACGAUUAAAUUAUUCUAGACAAUUAUCAAGCAGGAGAAGAAUACUAUCUAAUUCAAAUUCAAUACCCCCAUCUAAACUAACUACUAAUUUUAAUACCGAACCAAGAAGGAUACUAUCUAAUUCAAGUGUAAAGUCAAAUACUUCAAGUUUUUCAAUAUCACCUUCAAAACGAAUAACUAGUCUUAAUUUAGAUCCAUCGCCUUCUAAACAUAAAACAAAUAUGACUCAACCACAUUCAAAUGUUUUUGACAGAUUAUGUAAUGAACCAUCACCUUCAAAACAUAAACGAAAUAUCACACAACCAAUAACUAACCCAAACAUAAAUUAUGAUAGUCGACAUCCUGAAUCAUCGCCUUCAAAACCUAAACGAAAUAUUACACAACCAUCAGUUGGUGUUUUUGACAGACUAUAUUCAAAACCAACUAAUAUUAAUUUACCAUCACCAACAAAGAAAGAUACAAGAAAGAUAGAAAAUGUGUCUGAACUAUACCAAAUACUACACCUGAAAGAUCCAAACCUUUUUAAGGAAACACCAUCAGACCUUGAAAUCAAUCCACGCGUCAAUUUAAAUGAUCUAAAACUUCAAAGUUUAAACAUAUAUGAACGUGGUGAAAUAAUAAGAAAAGAUGAAAUAUACUACAUUCCAAAUCUUCAACGAUCAAUAAACAUAAAGAACUAUACAUCAAAUUUUGGAUUCGAUGAUCUGGAAAACAAGUAUAAAAUAGUAUUGAAUGAUCAUAUUAACUAUAGGUACGAGAUUCUACAAAGUCUAGGCAGUGGAUCAUUUGGUAAUGUAAUACUAGCACAAGAUCAUAAAUAUAGAAACAAGGUAGUAGCUAUCAAAAUCAUCAAAAAUAACGUAAAUUGGUCAAUUCAAUCAUUGAAUGAAAUUAAAAUGUUGAAACAUUUAUCAUCACACGAGAAUAUAAUUUCAUAUAUUGAUCAUUUCAAUUUCAGGUCUCAUAUGUGUAUCAUCACAGAAGUACUUUCUAUCAAUCUAUAUACCAUGAUGGAAAUAUGUCAAUUCAGAGGAUUAUCAAUACCACUAAUCAAACAAUUCACGACUCAAAUACUCAAUGGAUUAGGUUACUUGCAUUCUUUAAGUAUUAUACAUUGUGACAUCAAACCAGAAAACAUUAUGCUCGAUCUACCAAACUCAAAUUCAGAAGAAUUAAGUUUGAAAUUGAUUGAUUUUGGAUCAUCUUGUUUCUUCAAUGAUAAAACUUUCACAUACAUACAAUCAAGGUAUUACAGAGCACCAGAAAUAAUGAUCGGUGCUCCAUAUUCCGAAAAGAUAGAUAUUUGGUCACUUGGUUGUGUUUUAGCUGAAUUAUAUAUGGGUUAUCCUUUAUUAUCUGGAAAAAAUGAAUUAGAACAAUUAGGUCUAAUUAUGGAAAUUUUCGGUAUGCCUAAUUCUUCAAUGAUUGUUAAAAUGAGAAUGAAAUUAACUCAAGAAGUUAAGAAGAAUAUAGAAAUGAAUGAAAAACAAACGAAAAAGACAUUGUUAUAUAAAAUAUUCGACAUGAAUGGGAAGCUCAACAUUAGCCUACUUAACUACUAUUAUAAUCAAAGUUCAAAUAAUGUUAAGAAACAAUUUAAAUGCAAUUCGAAAAAUCUAGAUAUCGUAAUGGGAUGCAAUGAUACUGAAUUCAUCAAAUUUUUAAAGAAAUGUUUCAUAUGGGAUCCAGCUCAACGAUACAAUGUUGACCAAUUAAUAGAUGUCUUAUGA